AUGGCAUUCCCAAGCAUAUCAGGCACCAGUUCUGGCAGGUCUUCGAUCAGCUUUGAGAAUCCAAGGUCUAGCCAAGUGAGACGCAAGCCUAGCGUCGGGAAUGUGUUUUCGAACCUAGUCAACACGGUCCGCAGCACUGUGAUUAACAGCACCACAAAUGUGUCCCAAACAACAGGCAAUAUUUAUAAUAAUUCCGCUCGCGCAACGUCCUCUGGCCAAUCGUCUUCGUCGUUGCCUUCGUUGGAAGCGGAGGGCGAUUCCGGACCUCCAUCGGCGGGCACGCAGCAGGACCACAACAGAUUUGACUCGCAUCUGUACAAUUUGACCAUCGCCAAUAGCCCCACCGUUGCCAAUUUGAAUGCAUACGUACAGACCACGGAAGCUAGCCCGCUUGACGCUUCCACACCGCUGCCACGGAUGGAGGACGUUAGUGGCUCGUUGCCAGAGCCGCCUACACUAGGACGUUCGGCCGAAUUGACAGCCGCAACGCCAAACGCUAUUGAGAUCGACAGUGACAUCAACAUGGACGAGUUCAUGGGAUCCGCAAGCGAGGAUGUUACAAGCCCUAUGGACGCUACUACCGGGGCCGACAUCGAGCCGCCCAAGUGCGACGAAAACGGCUAUUUUGCUAUCAGAUUGACUCCAUUCAUAGACCAUUCGUCGUCGACUCCAUUUAUGUACUUUGGACCCUUGAUUCGCAAAAUAAAGCCCGGAAUGUCGAUCCUUGUGGGCAGGUACACAGAGAAAUGCAAGAGCGCAGCAACAGCUCCCCAAGGAUCGUCGGCCGCGGUUGUUUUCAAGAGCAAGGUGGUCUCAAGACAGCAUGCUGAAAUCAGCGUGGACGAGAAUGGAACAUGGUACCUAAGAGACGUCCGAUCCUCGUCUGGCACUUUUCUUAAUCACGUGAGGCUCUCUCCGGCGAAUAUGGAAAGCAGAAAGUUUGCAUUGAAAGACUCGGACAUUCUGCAGCUCGGGAUGGAUUACCGGGGCGGAUCUGAAGAUAUUUACCGUUGUGUGAAAGUGACGGUAGAAAUUAAUUCUUCCUGGUGCCGCAAAACGCAGAGGUUCAAUGAAGAGGCGCACGAGCGGCUGAAGAAGUUGACUCUAACCACAUCUGAGGAGGAAGUGACGCCCUGUGCGAUUUGUCUUAGUGCGAUAAAGCCAUGCCAAGCAGUGUUUGUGUCGAGCUGCUCACAUUCGUGGCAUUACAAAUGUAUCAGGCCAAUAGUGGUGAAGACCUACCCGCAGUUUUUGUGCCCGAACUGCAAAGCGGUGUGCGACAUGGAAGCAGAUUUCGAUGAUGACGAAUAG